GACCCAGCCGGACUGAAGACCCCCUUGUGAUGUGGGUGUGACCCAGUCCAUGUGCUGCCUUUGAAGGGAGCUGCUCCCCUCUCUCCAGAACAUAGACUGUAAAUACCACAAGAACCAGCGUCUCCUCUCCCGCCUCCAAACCGCACCGACUCUCGUGCACAAGCACGCGCAAACGCAGCGUCGGCUUGUCUCACACGGAGAAAACGCUGUCAGCAGACCCGACCACCAUCCCUGGACGCAGACAGACGCGGAUCGGACUUUCCGAACGGGGGGAUGCUGGUGCUGAACUAGUCCUGGGAUGCCAGGAGGGAAGGAAAAAACAGGACAACUUCUAUAUUUGAAUUCCUGUUCUCGUCAGGCACCCUCCUGCAGUCUACUUCUGAAAUCCUUGAUGCUCUGAACCUUUUUCAGGUUUUCCUGUUCCUCUUCCUUCUCCUUCAAUCUGUCAGCUCAGCUCUGCUCCCACACACACUUUGACUCUCCUGGGAGAAGUUCAGCAGCUGCCUCAGGGCUCUGGUCCUGUUGAACUCUUGACCCCUAACAUCUUUCCCCGUCCCUGCUAUGUUCAACGAUAGCCCCAUCCUCGGUGCCUGGGAGGCCCCAGACUGGGCAGACACACCACAGUGCCCACCAUCGGUAGGCGGAGCCACUUUUCUGAUUGUGGCAUACAGUGUUGUCAUAGCGAUUGGGUUGUUGGGCAAUGCAGGCUUAGUAUUCAUCAUCGCCCGGCAACAGGAGUUGCGCAACGUCACCAACAUCCUGAUCGCCAACCUGUCAUGCUCGGAUAUUCUCAUGUGUGUGGUGUGUCUGCCGGUGACUGUGAUCUACACACUGAUGGACCGCUGGGUGCUAGGAGAGGCCCUGUGUAAGGUGACUCCCUUUGUUCAGUGCAUGUCUGUGACCGUGUCCAUCUUCUCCUUGGUGCUGAUUGCUCUGGAGCGGCACCAGCUGAUCCUCCACCCCACCGGCUGGUCCCCUGCUGCGGGCCACUCCUACUUGGCUGUGGGGCUCACGUGGCUGGUGGCCUGCUUCAUCUCUCUGCCCUUCCUCUCCUUUAACAUCCUCACUAAUGACCCCUUCCAGAACAUCAGCCUGCCCGCAAACCCCUUCAGGGACCAUCUGAUCUGCAUGGAGCUGUGGCCCUCAGACAAACACCGGCUUGCCUACACAACCUCACUGCUGAUCUUCCAGUACUGCCUGCCUCUCAUGCUGGUCUUUCUCUGCUAUCUAAGAAUCUUCCUCCGCCUGAGACGACGCAGGGAUAUGUUGGAGCGCAGCAGGAGGACUCGGGGAGCCCAGAGGAUUAAUGUAAUGCUGUUAGCCAUUGUUGUUGCGUUUGCCUUAUGCUGGCUCCCACUGAAUGUCUUCAACACUUUAUUUGACUGGCACCACCAGGCCCUACCUGAUUGUCAGCACGAUGCUGUCUUCUCAGCCUGUCAUCUCACAGCAAUGGCUUCCACUUGCAUCAAUCCAGUAGUUUAUGGUUUUCUCAACAGCAACUUCCAGCGAGAGCUGAGAACAACCCUGCAGCGUUGCCAAUGUGGCAAUCGGGCUGGGGAGAGCUAUGAAAGCUUCCCUCUCUCCACCGUCGGCAGCGAGGGAGUGACCAAAGCAACAUCCCUAAACAGGAUGGGAUCAGUAUGCAUUCCCUCACCCAGACUUGAGAUCAGCUCAGCAGCGCUAACCAAAACAUUACCAGCUAACUCCUAACUUUGAGAACUAGACUCUCCCCUGGUGAAAUGAUAGCUGGAGGUUUUGUCAGAAAGACUGUACAACAGAUCACAAACAGCUGUACCAUCCAGAAAUGGUCAGUUUUCACCUACAUGUUGACCUUUUCGGUGACCAGUCAUCUACAGACAUGAAUCUGCCUCUCUGCGUCUCUUACUUCCAUGCUGCAGGAAAGAUUUGCCCCUGUGUGUUGUAAUGAUUUAAAUUACAUGUUAUUUAAUAAGCCAUAAGGCGUAGGAUUCCAUAGGAAAUAUGAAAUCAACCUUAUGGAUCUGUGAGGUUAUUUUAACCAGAUGAUUUGAACUUUUUAUUGCAGGUAUUAGAUAACAGCUUCGUAUUCACUCAGAGACAACAGAAGAGAGAGAGUCAAGUUUAACAGUUUAAAAAUUUAUCACUAACAUAUUAAGCUAGACUGACUUUAAACACUAAAUUUAUGGUGUAACUAAGAUGGAUGAGACGGUGAAUGGGGUGAGGUGUAAUGUUGCUCAGAACCAGCAAAUCCGAAGAAGCGAUUAGUUCUGAUGGGAACUGAAGGUGAUGUCUUCGCAUUAAGCUUUGAUUAGAGAUUCACAAACACAUCCGACACCAUUUACCGGGCUACAUACCCUGAGCGGAAGUCCCCGUCUAGAUCAGGAGGUGUAAAGGUCCAGCUUGACCUUAUGGAGCAGGAGCCGGUAGAAGCAGCCACGUCAGCCAACCACCCGUCUUGAGAUACUUCCGGGUCACGACAAUGUUAUUGGCGUCUAGCGAGACCCAAGCCUGAGUCUUGAUGGUUCAGCUUUAUUCUGACAGGAACCGUUGCAGCAGUUGGAACAGCAAUGAAUUUUCCAGCUUGUUGUUGGUUCUUUUGGUUGAAGAGGAAAGUUACAGAUUGGCCACUCCGACAACUUCUCUAGAACGCUUUGAAAUGGCGUUAAAGAUGACGUGGGCAUGGUUUUAUACUUCGGAUGUCAUGGUUUAUAGUUGAAUGAAAAGUUGACAGACUUACCAAACACCAUCAAAACCACUUCUUCGUCAGAUCUGGCAGAUUCUGAUUGGAUCAGUGAAUGUAAUGUGUCAUGUCUUUUAACGCUACGUGAGAUCAGUCCUAAUGGAACAUUUAAAGUCAUAGUACCUUUAUAUUCUAUAGGAUUAUUAUAAAGCAAUUACAUUUUGAUUUCACAGGUCGGUCACAUCUUAUUUAUUGACUAACACUUUGCUUGAUUAGCUAAUUAAAAUUGAGUUCUUUGAUUAAUUAAAAGAAAAGAGUCCAUUCUUCAUUCUUCUGUUGAGCUGAAAAGAAGCAGGUUAGAAGCAAAUGCAUGAGGCCUUGAGACCAUAUCUCAUGCAGACUAGUCCUGUGUCAGGAGGGAGAAAACAGUCAUUUCAUUCUGUUACAGUGUUUACACUCUGAUUGGUCUUUGAAUGUUUAAUCAGAAGAUUCUAGGAUUCUUUGCCUUUUCAGGGAUCAAACACACUUCGUAUCAAUUCAGAUAGAGUCAGGUUUAUAAAAAAAGUAAGAAUUUAUUUUCUAAACAAUUAAAAACAUAAGUUAACUAAGACGACUGUGAUGGAUGAAUUUAAGUGGAUGGGAUGCAAUGUAUGGUGAUUAAAUGGUGUGUGUUUAUCAGAGCCUUGUAUCUAGAAGAACGGAGUUCUGGGUGUGAAAAGAUUUUGGUUUGCAUUAAGCUAUGAAGUUGGUUCUUAUCAAAACGGCAUCAGACGCAAUCAUGCUGUGUCUACCUCACCCUUUCUUUGGAGACCCUCUUCACGGAUCCGGAGGUCAGGAAGGUCGGAUGACCUCUGGGCACUGAGGUUCAGUAGAUUAACCGCAGCACCGACGCUCCAGUCCAGAGAUGUCGCCGGGCACAACAGGUUGGAACUAGUUUGCGUCUAGAGCAGCUAUUUCUGAAUAGCUGAAGGAACCGUUUUGCUGUGUCAGCUGUAGACAGCUUUUAGCUUGUUGACAGCUUGUCAAGAGAUGCGGUGGCUAGAGAGAUUUCCCCCGGUGGCCAGUCCGGAGUUCUGCUCAAACUAACAGAAUGCUGAAUCACUCCACAAGUGAUCCUGUUUUAAUAUUCUCAUAUUAUGAUUUAAUUGGCCAAUCGGGAUGUGCCAUGUUAAGAGGUGUUAACAAACAAACCUCAGAACAUCACGCCGUCUCCGAUACAGGAUGCUUUGAUUUGUGGGUAAGAAAAUAUCUAUGUGCAAUGACUUUAACUUUAAUUUAUAUCUUAUGAACGUUGUGUAUGAGUGUAAAAAAUUAUUCAAUUGUUAAAUCAAACAUUACUGAUCAUAACAUCAAAAUGUUUCAUUGUAAUACUAAAAUUCAUUUCAACCACAGUAAUUUAAGCACAGAUUAAUCCAGCAUUAAUAUUAUUAUUCACAUAACAUUUUUUCAUUCAACCAUAUUAUUAUUUAUUGAUUAUUUAACUUAUGAGUUGUAAAAGUUCAUCUUUUGUCCUUUGAAGCAAGCGGAUAGAUAAGGCCACAGCUUGGCAGAGAGGAACCUUGAGGGAGGUACAUGAUGUUGACAAUCGAGUGUAAACACGCAGGGGCGAGUCUUUCCUGCAGCUUGGAAGAUUAAGAGACGCAGAGAGGCAGAUUCAUGUCUGUAGAUGACUGGUCACCGAAAAGGUCAAUAUGUAGGUGAAAACUGACCAUUUCUGGACGUUACACAAGUAAAAGCCAACAGGGCUUCUGCUUGGUUUAAUGCCCAGCACUUUAUUAUUGAACACUUGUACCAGUUAUGUUGAUGGGACAAGUAGAGAAGAAGUCGAUGCUCAUCAAACCCACAUAACAAGAAGAAAACUCAUGGAAGCAAAGACCAAGUGGAGUACUGAGGACUAUUCUCCUGUGGCCACUUUUUAAGAACUGUUGCAAGAUUGUCUGUACUUAUAUUCUUAAACCACACGUAUGGUUCUUUUUAUUAAUAGCUGUUAGAUCUCACAAGCAGUACAAACAAAAGUCAGUUUUACAUGUUGGGCAAGUAGAUGAAGGCUUCUGCAGCGUUCCUACAUCUGCAAACUAACUGGAAUCUAAAAGGUUGUGUUCAAAAAUUAGUUUUAGAUCAGCUUCAUCCAUGUGCCCUCUUGAUAGACAAAGUUACUGUAGCACACAAAAGGGUGACAGUCUGAAGGGUCAUCAUAUUGUGCAAUCCAUGCUGUUUCCACCGAGGGGCUUGGUGAACCAACGUGUACCGUACAUAAUAUAGUCUUUAUGGCUGAUGGCGUAAACCAUGCAACAGGCCUUACUGUUUAAAAUAAACUGUAAAAUGUGUCCUUUGCUCUAGAUUCAGCAUCUUGAAAUUUGUCAACAAAUAGUUGUUAUUCUUGAUGUUUGUAUUUGCAUUGUGGCUGUGAGCGAGAACCUCAACUGGACUUUCGUAUAAAAUCUUAUUUUAUGUUGGUCACAUUAUAGAAUAGGAAGAGAUAAACACAUUUUAAGGCAGUGUAUUGCCUAGAAUAUUGUGCCCAUUCCAUGAACUCCGAUGAAAUACCAGAAUUCUCUAAUUUUUCUUGUUGAAUUGAUGAGUUUGAACUUUCCAAUUUAAUACUCAACCAUGAUUUGAUGUGCGUGGAGCAGUUUUAGACAUCUCUGGUUCAGAAAAGGAGAGUACCAACUUCAGUUACCCUUCUAUGGUAUAGUCCAUGGAUCAUCAGUAGAAAUAACUGACUUCUGAUUUAACUCUAUAUGGUUCUUUAAGCAAAACUGGUAACUGGUGAUUAAUUGUAGAGUGAAUCUAUCUAGCAGACUAUAUUAUUUUAGUCUCAAUAGCAGCGUGUUUUGUUAUUUGGACAACAUUCUGUCACAAUCUUGCAGAUCUACCUUCAACAUUGAACUGUCCACCUGAAAUCCAAAGUGAUCUGCCACUCGCAGCAGAUCACGCUUGCGACAGGCACUAAUCAGUCUACAGGAUGGGGCCCCCACAAACUGCCCUAAAUCAAAAGUAGCCAUAAUUGUUAAAACACUGAAAAACACAAAUAAUCACGCAUCCAAACUUAGGAUAAGGGGUACUUAAUAUCCCGGACGAGCCCCCAUAUGUUACAUUUUAGGUGUCUUGGGGGCCUGGGGUAACAUGGGGGAUGCGUUACAGAAAUUAUAAGUUAAGAGAGGUUUUAUUUUAUUUUCAUUUUUGUAGCUUAUUCUAGAAAUAAGCCAUAAUUGAACAAAAGGGUCUUUUCACUAGAGAUAUCAACAUUUAACCAAAACAAGCUGAAACACUAAAAUGUAACACAAAAAGGAACUAACGACUCUAAAGAAAGCACAAAAUCUCAAAAAGGUAACAGAUUACCCGUAACUCUUAUCUCCACUCAAUAUCAAAGUCUCAAGUCCUAAGUGGGAGACAACAGACCAGAGGAAAGGCAGCUCUGCACUAUUGUCCCCAUUGGUGAGGAGCUGCAGCAGGUCACAAUUAGUGGCUGAUGAGAACAUGGCACAGCUGGUGCAGGGAGGAGCAAGGGUGAGCAGACAGGUCUGCUGGCAUGCUCCUCAGAUGCAGCAUCAAUGAGGCAAAAAAAUGCACAGAAAAAUGAAAGAACACAACGCAAAAGGCUCCAGUCAUAACAAUUUGAAUACUGUUGUGGUAGGAGGAUAUACUGCAGUUAUGAAGCACCAACUUCCUGAUACUAACAAAAGAGAAGCCAUGGUAACUAUGCCAGACCUUACAGCUAUGAUUGUCGUGAAGCAGCUUCUGAACAGUUCAAGUAAUUAUCACAGAUACAUUUAAAGAAAUUUACAAGUAACAUAUUCAUAUUUGUCACAGCGUGAAAUGCAUUCAUGCCCACCAGAACAAUCGGUUGAAUGAGUAGAUUCAAGUGUUUAGGAUCCAUUUGGUAGAAAAGGCCAAAACCUGUUGUAUAGUAGCCCUUGAGGCCCAAGGUUGUUGGCCACUCAUCUAAUGUUUGUUGACAGAAGAGUUCAAUGAUUUAAUUACAAAAAUCAUUGAUGUGGUGAAUCUCAAAGUACUGACUCAAAUUCCAAGAGAUAUAGAGAAAUCAAAUCAUGUAGACAAGUGAAUUAAAAUACCAGUGACUUUUUAAGCACCUCUCAAAGAGUAAAUUAAAGUUAAAGUCCCGUUAGUUGUCAUACACUCUGGUGUCUGGUGAAAUUUGUUCCCAGUAUUAGAUCCUUCCUCUGGGGAAGCGGUGAGCUGUGUCUCGACUUCCACCUCCCAACCAGCCUCCAGACGGCCGGUGUCACUCUAAGACUCCCUUUUCCUUCUACCCCCUGCCGGAUCUUCCAUCAACCUCAGCCACGUCAUCAUGCAAGACCAUUUCAGGAAGUGAAGCAGGCCAAUUCAUCAUUCAGUCAUUGUUCCAGUGGAUCUAUGAUCAGAGUUGCUUGAUGACCAGUUCACCCAACCUACUCACAGCAAAUGAGUAAGUCAACUUCUCUUCUGGAGCAUCACUGCGUUCCUGUUUGCCCUCAGUUCACGCACGGGUGUUCCUAUAUCAAACCCUGCGCUGGCUGUAUCCCAAUGCUCAUACUUCCACAUCUGGGCAGCCACUCACGCUACAGCUCAACUCCAGCCAGUCAUCUUUUCAGCCUGACAAGCUGCAGACAAGGCCACGCUCUGGAACUAAUUGGUGCAUUAACCCCCUAAUCAAACCCCUAAUGCUGAGUGUCAAACAAGGAGGCAUUGGUCCCAUUAUUAAAAUAACAUUAUCAUAACAAUAUCAUAGGUAUAAUCUUAAAUAUGUUUCUGGGUUGCUAAAAUGACUAGAUGAAGACACAAAAUUACAUAAUAAUGCGCUAUGUUUAAAUCACCAGUUCUCAUUAGACAUUUCACACAAAACAGUUGUGAAUGUCAGAAACAUUUUUGUUGUAAUGUAGUAACAACGUAUCUUAGUCAUGUCUCAACCUGGCUGCAAACCGCUCCCAAGGCUGUUUCAAAUCUCUUCACUUUUGGACUCACUGUCUGGGUUCCAGACAGGUUCAGCACACAUGCAACAGCUCUGACUAUGGAGAACAUUUGCCUUGGAAGUUGUUGAAGAUGGUAAAACAUUCAGUGACACCCUGUCAUGCUGAGGGAGGUUUGGACCCAAACUGCAGAAACCCAGGACAACACAGAGAGAGAGAUGAAGUUAAUAAUGAAAGGUCCUUUAUUAAAGGAGGGUCACAGCAAAAUUCAGACGAGGCACAAGAACCAAACUCAAAAGGCUCAGGAGCAUGACAGGUAACAACAACGCUGACAAGCAACAAUGAACCAACAAACACAGAAGACAAGACCAGGGCUCACGUACACAGGGCUGGGUGAUGAAGGGAAUUUGGGACAGGUGGGACUAAUAAACUGAGAAGAAAAACCAAGCAGGGGAGGAAACCAGACUUAAAAACGUGUAAAACAAAAGCUACUGAACAUAAAUUAACCUAAACACUAUAAAAAUAAAGACACAGAAGAAACAAACUAAUGACCUAAAGAGUUACAGAACCAAAUACACCAAAAUUAAAAAAAAUACCUAAUCAAAGUGAAUGACACAACAAGGAGGGGAACCAUGAAGGGACACUGGAGACGAGGACACGGAACGUGACACACCAGAGUGAGGCUCUUUUAAUUUGCAAGUAAGUUGAGUUCCCUCCCAACUGUUUAACCCUUAUAUAACCCUUUAAUUUUCUAACGUUUUUGUCAUUUGAGCACAAAAAAAUGCACUAAGGUUAAACAAGGGUUAAAAUAUUUUGAAAACUCCCUCAUUAAUGCUGUGUCACGAGCGUGCCGGGCAGCGAGGCGGUGAUCAGAGGAGGAUCCAAGCGCGGGGAGGAAGAAGGCAAAGAGGUAGGUAUCUUUACCAUAAGUUUAUUAAUGACGCACGCUGGACAUGGGAAACAAUGACACGACAUGGAACACAGAACAGAAGGGGUUUAAAUACACGAGGAGCGGGAGCUAUGGUGAUUGGGAAACAAGAGGCAGGUGGGAGCAAUUAACGGAGACACAGACUAAAACCUAAGAGAAGACAGGACAGGGUGUGACAUGCUGCUUAAAAUUGGUUUUCCAACUGUCGCAGCCCAGAAGAUUUCCUUAUUCAUUUAGUCAAGAUUGGUUAUAACAACUACCCUUCCUGAGAUCCACACUAUACAAUCCAUAAAUUACAUUUGCAAUAAUAAAGCAUUAAUCAUUAGAACAAACAAUCAUAAAAACAUGAAACAGAAUCAUCCCUGUAAACAGUCAACGUCACAUGGACGUGCAGAUCAUGUUUAUAUUGAGUCUGUCGGUCCACAUCACGUCUGUAGGAUGUCCAAACCAGGUCUUUGCACACUGGGAUCAAACAUUACUACAAUCAUAAAGACAUUAUUAGUACAUUACAGGUUUAUAAACUGAAUCAUAUGCUGUCACAACUAAUACAAAAUAGGCAUUCAACUUCUGAAAAAUUGCCAAUGUUAUUUGUUUUUAAAAUAAUACUGUUUAUGUAUCUUAAAUAUAAGGGCAGUUUUUUCCAUAUUGAAAUGGCUCGGUAUUUCACUGAUUUCUCCAAUAUAUUAGUUUUUGAUUGAGGUGAUGCAUAAUUAAUCAAAGAUAUCAAAGUAAAUAAAUGGUGGUAUCAUCAGCAUACAUUGGCAUUGAUGCUUUUUCAAUACAUUUGGUAAGUCAUUAGGAAAUAUUGUAUAGAGAUGUGGUCCUAAACAGCUUCCUUGCGGAAUUCCACAUUUUAAUUGUUUAAUGUCUGAUAGAGUGCCAUUAACUGCAUUGUUGGUUCUUUUUUAAAAUACAAAAAAGGUUUCUUUUUACCUUACUGACAGUUUUGUUUGCCGACUGCAAACCUUCCUCAGAGCUGAUAGUGGCGUCACUUCCUACUCCGUUUAAGAGUGCCAUUAAAAAAACACACUGCUGCCUGUCUGAGAGAUACAUUUCGAUCCACUUGAGUCCUGACAGGUAAAAGCCAUAUGCUGACCAUUUAUUAACACGGAGCUCAUGAUCGAUUAGGUGAAAUGUCGCACAAAAAUCUACCCACUAUUAACAAGAUACUGACUUUAAGCUUAGUGAAACAUUUUUUUAAACAUUUUUUUGAGUUUUGAGAUCAUCUUUGUUUAUUAAUGUACAAAGACAGAUUCUCCAAUUUUCCAGCAUAUCUAAAACUAUGAGUGCCAAUUGUGAUUGUCCAACGAAUAUAUAUUUACUAUCUGGAACAGUUAUUUCUUUUUUUUUUUUCUUUAUUUGUGGAGUUUUACAUUUGAAGAAAAUAUUUGGCAGAAGUAAUUGUUUUUACCAUGUUAGCCUUAUUUUGAAUGAAGUGAAACUUUAUAGAAUUGUUGUUCUGAUUCUAAGAACUCAACAGAAUGAUGUGAAACCACUGCUUAGAUUUUAUUUAUAAAAUCAUUUUUCAGCACCUUUAAAAGACUUUUUCUAUUAGAGCAUGUUGAUGUUCUCCAAAUUGUUUUUUGAUCUUUCUUUUCCAGAGCAAACCCAUGUCAGAUCCUAAAAUCAAAAUGACCUGUUGUGCUAGAUCGGAACUAUAUAGCAUUUUCUAGCAAAUAAAAAGUUGUAUUCUUUAUGUUUAAUUGUGUACUAUUUUUAGUUAUGCAAACUAUGUUUAACCUGUGACAUGAGCACUUUGCAUUUUGUAAUUAAAUAAAGCAGACUUAUAAAUUAAACAAUUAUUUUGUCAUACCUUCUUAAUGUGUCAUGACUUGAAAAUAUUGUGCUUUUAUUUUGAAGGUUUUUUGUGCAGUUGUCCAAAUAUAAUUAACCUAUCAGAGACAAGAAAAAGGUUUACCCUGAGCCAACAUCUGGUGGAAGGAGCUUUAGAUACAGAGCUGAAGCAGAGAGGGACGGAAUUAUGCUUUAAUUCCUCAUAGAUUUGAGCUACCAUUGCUGAAUUAACUGACUGUCUUGUAACAUCAAAAUUUCCUGGUUUGAUCGUUCUGGUCUUUCAAUGCAACACUCAAAAACAUGUUGCUGUAAGAACAAUGAUUAACACACACGUGAAUGUAGAAUGCUCGUAUUUUGUUUAGCCUACAUUUUAAUAGGAUAUGUAUUUGAAAAAAGACAUUUGGCAGUGUUAAUCAUGCAUUUUGUGAUCUUAUAGGACUUUGUGAACUGGGUUGAAGGGAAUAAUUUAACAUGCAUAAGUAUCUAAAACAAGAAAAAUGUCUUUGCCUCUCCAAAAUCUGCCAUUAAUAGCAAGCUAGAAAGCAUUGGAAUUAUCAUUAAUACUAAAUAGGAAAAGGCAGUUUUAUUUUCAUUGAUUCUGUACUUGUCACUUUAAAUGCACUAAUUCUGUCAAAGAAGCAAGCAUAAGUUAAUAAAGAUCUCAUUUCAGGCCGGUGUAGCAUGGUGUUUUUGCCCUAGGUACGUCUAUGUUGAGAAACAGAAUGGAAUAAAUAAAUGACUGAAAAGUUUCAAUCCAAGACUAUAUUCAGCAAGGCUGAAGGAAAAAAGAAAAGAGUAUUUUCAGAUUUGGAUCAACAUUAAAAGGCUGUGGUGUGUUCAUUUUUGGGCAUUGUUUUAUAGUUUUUUUAUCAUUCAGAAACAAAUAGAACCAAACUCAAAGUCCUCUGAGCAGGGUACUUGUGCUAAGAAGCAUGAAAAGGCUCAAUUGUCUUUCAAACUUGCCAUUGCUGCUUUUAAAGACGUAAUAACGGUGUUUGACUGAAGAGACUGACGUCAGGAAUCUCUGGGAUUUUAAUGUGGGUCAAAACCUGAAAGAUUUGGAAAUGACUGCUCUCUGAUCUUUUAUUUUACGCAAUGUAACAAAUUAUGUAACUGUUGUAAUGCAUGUCAUCAUUUCACUGAAAUUUGUUGUAAUUAUGUAUUUUCACAAACUUCUACUACAAACAUCUGAAUGUUUAUCAGCCAAAGAUGAUUUAAUAGUCUUGAAAUCGUUGUCAGUGGGAACUUUGGAACUUUAUGAAAGGUUUUGGGGCAGGUGAACACAACAAAUGAAUGUAAGUAUGUUACAUAUUAUCUGAUAUGUGUCAAAAUGUUCUCAGAUAUUCCUUUGAAAGUACUUACAAUGGUAGAUGUUUUAAUUUAUUCUGUUGCAUAUUUUCUUUUCAUUUUUUGUAACACAGACAAAAUAUUUUAGACAAUUUGUUAUAGAUGCUUUAUUACAUUAUAAGCUUCCUGUGUAAUAAAUGAUUUGUUCAGAAUGUCUAAAUAAACGUCUUCACUAACUAUU